AUGGACUUGGAACAGACGCCACGAAAGGUCUGGGAGCACCCGGAUCCCCAGAGCACUGCAAUGUGGGCGUUUAUGCAACAAGCAAAUCAGAGACAUGGGCUGAAUCUCAAGACCUUCUCUGACUUGUAUGAGUGGUCCUGCGAAAGACGCAGCGACUUCUGGGGCCAGCUUUGGGAAACCCAGAACUAUAUUCACGAAGGAUCCUAUACAGAAGUCGUCGACGAGUCCAUACCCGUCUCCCAGCUGCCCCGUUGGUUCGCCGGCGUCCGCCUCAACUGGGCCGAGAACCUGCUCUGGACACGGCCUCCCGCCGGAACAAGCGCCCCGGGGGAGCGGUGUACGCUGCACAAAGAAGACGACGCCGUGGCUGUGACUGAAGUGCGUGAGGGCAAUACAGAAGUCAGCCAUGUGACGUGGGGAGAGCUUCGCCAGCGAGCGGCCCGGUUGGCGGGUGCGUUGGCCGCGAGAGGCGUUGGCAAGGGGGAUCGCGUCGUCAUGGUUGGCGCCCAUGCAACUGAGACGCUGGUUGUGUUCCUGGCUACGGUGUGGUUGGGAGGGAUAUUCAGUAGCAGCUCGACUGAUAUGGGAGUUGGAGGCCUGUUGCAGCGGACGGUGCAGAUCAAUCCCAAGUUUGUCUUUUUUGAUGAUGGAGCCUUGUACAACGGCAAGAUGAUCGACUUGAGGACCAAGAUUGCCGGUGUGGCCGAGGGCAUGAAGCAGUGCGAUGGGUUUGAGGGCAUCGUUGUCGUUCAGCGCUUCGACGCGCCAUACGACACCUCCAACAUCGCAAACACGGAGAGAUUCGAGUUGUUCCUCUCCGCGUCGCCUCCGUCGCCGCCGCCCAUCGUGAGAGUCGACUUCCAAGACCCGAUGAUCGUCUACUAUUCUUCAGGCACCACGGGAACACCCAAGGCCAUCGUCCACAGCGUCGGCCCCCUCCUCGUCUCCAUGCACAAGGAGGCCGUCCUGCACCGAGACAUUGGCCACGAAGACGUCGGCCUGCAGUACACCACAACCGGGUGGAUUAUGUAUCUAUCGAGCGUUGGGCGGCUGGUCUUUGGCGGACGCACCAUUGUGUACGACGGAUCGCCCUUUGUGCCGGACCGCACCGUGCUGCUGCGCAUCGCGGACGAGCAAAAGGCCACGGGACUGGGCGUGAGUCCGCGGUGGCUUGGCGAACUGAUGAAGCACAACAUUGUGCCGCAGAAGGUGGCCGAUCUACGAAGCCUGCGGUUUGUAGGGAGCACCGGGAUGGUGCUGAAGGAACAAGUGUUCCAUUGGUUCUACGACGGAGCGUUCCCGUCCAGCGUGCGGUUAGCGAACUUUUCGGGAGGGACUGAUAUCGCCGGCUGCUUCGCCAUCGAAAACCCUCUCACACCCAUCUACGCCGGCGGAUGUCAAGGCGGCAGCCUCGGGACUCGCAUCGCCAUCUACCCAGCCUCAUCAUCAGGCGAAGACAGCAGCGAUACGGCCAUCUCGCCUGUUCCAGACGGCACGGCCGGCGACCUCGUAGCCACAUCCGCAUUCCCAAACGUGCCGCUGUUCCUCUGGAACGACACCUCCCCGGCGCCGGGAGCCAAGUACCGCGCGGCCUACUUCGCGCGCUUCCCCAACGUCUGGGCGCAGGGCGACUUUGCGGCGAUCCACCCGACGACGCGGCAUGUCUACAUCCUCGGGCGGUCCGACGGCGUGCUGAACCCGAGCGGCGUCCGGUUCGGCAGCGCGGAUAUCUACGCGGUGCUGGAGCGGUGGUUUGCGGGCGAGGUGGUCGAGAGCCUGUGUGUUGGGCAGCGCAGGCCUUCGGAUGCGGAUGAACGCGUGGUGCUGUUCUUGUUGAUGCGAGAGGGAUCUCGGUUGAGGGAGAAGGGGCUGGAGCAGCGGAUCAGGGAGAGGAUUGCGACUGACCUGACGAAGAGGCAUGUGCCGCAGUACAUCUUCGAGGUGCCUGAUAUUCCCACCACGGUCAAUGGCAAAAAGGUCGAGUUGCCCGUCAAGCACAUCAUUUCCGGACAGACCAUCAAGCCCAGCGGAACGCUGUUGAACCCGCAGAGCCUGGAUUUCUUCUACCAAUUCCAGAAGGUUGAAGACGUGGUCAAGGAGCAGGAGGCCAAGGGAGUGCUGGCCAAGCUGUAG